AUGGUUGGAGAGGAAAACAUCAAAGAAACCUUCUUCAUAACCCAUGGUUGCCCAAAGUUGACAAUUGAUGAGGAACAUCCACUACAUCCAUUCUUCAAAAGUUGGAGAGAGCAAGUGUAUUCUAAAAAACCCAAGGCUAUUUUGGUCAUUUCAGCUCAUUGGGUAACUGAUCAACCUGUUGUUAAUGCUGUUCAUGUCAAUGAUACCAUCUAUGAUUAUGAAGGUGUUACAUACCCUGCUUCUUUGUACAAGAUGAAGUAUCCAGCUCCUGGGGCUCCAGAUUUGGCAAAAAAGGUUCAUGAACUUCUCACUGCAUCUGGGUUCGAAUCUGUGCACAUUGACAAAGAGCGUGGGCUUGGUCAUUCAACUUGGGUACCUCUCAUGCUGAUGUAUCCUGAGGCUAACAUCCCUGUAUGUGAGCUCUCAAUUCAACCGCACUUGAAUGGAGCAUACCAUUACAACCUGGGACGAGCAUUAGCUCCUCUGAAGGAUGAUGGUGUACUCAUCAUCGGUUCUGGAAGUGCAACAAACCCUUCGUGCGAUACCACUCAUUGUGGUGAUGGUGUUGCUCCAUGGGCUGCAGAGUUCGAUUCUUGGCUUGACACAGCUCUAACAGAUGGAAGGUAUGAAGAAGUGAAUACCUGUGAGACGAAAGCACCAAACUGGAAGUUAGCACAUCCAAUGAAAGACCACUUCUAUCCAUUGCACGUCGCCCUGGGUGCUGCUGGAGAGAGUUGUAAGGCAGAGCUUAUACAUAGCAGUUGGUACUCUGGUGUCUUGACUAAUGGUAUCUUGUGUAGUGGUACCUUGAAACAUGGCUGCUACAAGUUCACUUCCAGCUAAUUUUCACCUUAUAACAAUAUGUUGUUGCAGUGUAUUUUUAGUCCAUUGACAUUCUCUUCAAUAAUGUUUAAUCACUUGAUCUACUCUGGUUUUCAAAA